UGAAACAAUAUUUCCCAUAAAUAUUAAUCAAAUUACUUUUGAAUUAAAGAAUAAUCUCAAAUUAGAAUGAUUAUUGAAUUCGUUCUCUGCAAGAGAAUAGUUAAAAAAAAAAACAACUUUAAGAGAUAUUUAAAUCAAGAGUGUUAAAUCAUAAAAAGUAUGAUCUUUAAAAAAUAUAGCUAAUUCUAAGAAAUCAACUUUGAAUCAGGUAUUUUGGUGAAAAGGAAGGAAGCACUAAAUGUAAGAUAUAAAAUAAAGAAAA